CCCUACAGCACUAUGUGCUUUGGCUCUGUGCUUUAUCAAAACAAUGGAUACGUUUGUUCGAGCAUCCGUCUUUUUGUGGAUUACAGUUGGAUUUCUAUUCGCACCUGAAAAGUCUGAGGCCUGUCAUCAAUGCAAGUGUGAAUUUGUUUUCAAAAAUGCCUGCUUUGAGUUCAUUAAUGAGUCGUACACUUGGUCUGAAGCCAGAAGCAGCUGUGAGGAGCAAGAAGGAGAACUCCUGAAGCUGAUCAACAGCCCCAUCAAAACCUUCCUGAACGGCAUCAGCAGAGAGAAAAACACUGAAAACUUCACUUGGUGGGUUGGAGAGGGAGUCAGAGGAGCUGUCCAGAGACCCACUACAACAGUAAAUGGUGGCGUUUCAAAGGACUUCUGCACAUACAUGAAGCUGAAUCCUCUCCAGCUCAAAACCUCUGACUGCAACCGGAGACGAGGCUUCCUCUGCACCCACAUUCUGCGGCGUCCAUCAAACGCAUCGAAUACAGUGACGUCCAGUCAUGCAACCAGAUCUCGGCCCAAGAGGGAUGUAAACCUUAUGGGUGCGAAUAUCGCGAACAUUACCAAGCUACUCGAGGAAGCAGACAAAGAACUACUGCGAAUGGAAACAACUCCUGGGGAGCCGACAGAUAACAACAGGGACAAAUUUGUUCAGUACUUGAUAAACGGCACUCAACGACUGACUCCAGAAUUUGCUCUAGAAAACAAUGACGUCAUCAUGCACAUUUACAACUGUUGCUCUGCCAUCCUGUCUCUCUCAAUGGCAAAAUGUGAUGCUGAUGUCAACCCGAACCAUGAGUCCUUGUUUGAGGAUGUCAUUGAGGUUUUUCGGCAACUUUCUGUCCUGAUGGGUACUAAAAAGACAGUUUUCAAGUACCCAACAGGCACCAUUUAUCAGCACAGCUUGAAACCGGCUGAACUCGGCAAUCAAGUGCUGGGUUCAGAGAAAGAUGGUGAAUACAUUAAGCUACCCUCAUUUGAAGCAUUGAGUCCACACCUUGGAACGUCGGGCCCGAUCACCACUCAGUUUGCCACUUUCUCAGUUAACCCUCAUCCAUCUGAUGACAACAUAACAGGAACUCUUUGCAGCGUGUUGCUUAGCCAUGGAAAGUCAGACGUUAAGGUGCAAAACCUGUCAGAGAUGAUUGAGAUCUUUAUGCCUCGUCCUAAUGCUUCUGCACUGCCGAAUACCACUGCUGUGUUGGAAAAAAACACAAAAUCAGUGACUCAAAUCAACAUCACAGACCCAUAUAUGACCGUUAUCGUCACUGUGGAACCCAACAUCGACGUGUCACUGGCUGUGACAUAUGCUCUCGGAUCACCUCCUGCCUCUAAUUCCAGCAACCCAACCAUCUUGACCCACAAAGGAGGCUACCGCUUUGUGAUGACCCCACAGAUGAUACGUUAUACACCUGGGACCUGGUAUAUUGAUGCCAGACUCCACAAUUCCACAUGGGUGCCAGGUUUGACACUGAAGAUCACUUCUUUUAUGAGCAAGUGUUUGUACUGGGACGUAGACAAGGUGAAAUGGAGCACUGCUGGCUGCGUGGUCGGAGACAGAAGCACCCCAGAGCGAACUCAGUGUCUGUGUAACCACCUCACCCUGUUUGGGACCUCCUUCUUCGUGAUGCCGAACUAUGUUGACGUAUCUCGCACAGCCGAGCUGUUCGCCACUGUGAAUGAGAAUUUCGUGGUCCUGGCCCUGCUGUGUGCUUUCUUUGGCCUCUACCUGAUCACUCUGCUGUGGGCUUGCUAUGCUGAUCGCAGGGCGCGCUCUAAGCGGAAGAUGACACUGCUGGAAGACAAUCACGCUGGUGCUCAGUAUAACUACCUGAUUGGUGUUCAAACUGGGCAUCGCAAAGGCGCUGGGACCUCUGCUAAUGUCACGGUGAAGCUGAUUGGCGCGGAGGGAGAGAGCACCAUACACAACCUCACGGAUCCUGACAAGCCGGUGUUUGAGCGAGGAGCGGUGGAUAUGUUCGUGUUGGCCACACCCUUCCCACUGGGAGAAGUACGAAACGUCAGGCUGCAGCACGACAACACUGGAGGUCACCCAUCAUGGUAUAUAAGCAAGGUGACCGUACAAGACCUCCAGACACACCAUGUGUAUCAGUUCUUUUGUAACUGCUGGCUGAGUUCGGACCGAGGAGAAGGCUUGACCAAGAAAACCUUCAACGCUGCAAAGAACAACGAGAUUGCCAGCUUCAGGAACAUUUUCCAGAGCAGAACCUCAACUGGCUUCAGGGAUGAACACAUCUGGGUGUCCAUAGUAGAUCCUCCUUCACGCAGUCCGUUCACUCGAGCCCAGAGGGUUUCCUGCUGCAUGAGCCUCCUCCUCUGCACCAUGGCCAUCAAUAUCGCCUUCUGGAACAUUCCUGUAGAUGCCAGCUCACCAGUGCUCUUCUCAUUAGGUUCACUGCACAUCACUUGGCAGGAGAUCGUGGUGGGAGUGGAGAGCGGCCUCCUCAUGUUCCCAAUCAACAUUCUCAUCAUCACUAUCUUCCGAAGCAUCCGGCCUCGUAUCCUUUCCAAAACGAAAAAAGACAACUCUGAAGAAAACUUCAGGCCCGCCGCAGUUACUCUGCCAAGUGUUCUGAAGAAUACAGAGGAAUUAGUUUCUUUAGUGAGUGGGAGUUCGAGAAACAAGAUAUUAGAGAUACAGAGACUGGAGUCUGCUGAUCACCUCUGUCCUGCGUUGGACAGAUUGCACACAUUUCUCCAGAAUAUGCAAGGGGAGACUCAGAGUGACCUCCACUUGGUUUACUGCAGCAAGUUCCUCCUGGCUGGUCUGAGUCACCUCCUCAUGUGUCUGGAGAAACUGGAUGCAAAACACUUCCCGAGUGUACAGGAAUACCAGCAAGUCCUCAGCCUCACCAACCUGCUGGUUCGCAAAGCUGAGAUGGUCUUCAGCUGCCACCUGGCCUCCUGCCCGCCUCCUGUGAAGACGAAGAAGAAGAAGUCGGUGGGCUGCUGGCUGCCCUGGUGGUGUGUGUUCCUGGGCUGGUUCCUGUUGCUGUCCAUCAGUGCCAUAUCUACUUACUUCACCCUGUUGUACGGCUUUCAGUAUGGCAAAGAAAAGUCCAUCAAGUGGGUCAUGUCUCUGGGCCUCUCGCUUUUCCAGAGCAUCUUCAUACUGCAGCCUCUGAAGGUGAUAGGCAUUGCUGUAAUCUUUGCCCUGCUGCUGAAACCUGUCGCUGUAGAGGAGAGUGAGGAAGUUGAGCAAGUGCUGUUAGAUCAACAGGAGAAGUGUAGACGGUACUCUGGCAGGGACAUGCUGUGAGGACGCUGCAUUUAGCCUGGAUGCUGCCUUCUCUGAUGGGUACAGCUGCAAUCCACGCCACCCUCGCUUCCUAAACACUCUUUUGCACUUAUUGGAAGUUUUACUUUCUGAAUUAUAUAACACAGUCUGCUGUUUUGCAUGUGUACAGAGUUUCUGGUGCCUUAGAAAGUUUUCCGAAGUGGUGAGUCAAAGUAAAUGGGUGAUUAAAUAACUGGUCUUGCAUGCCAAAGUCUUGAGGAUGAAUUGUGUGUAAAUAAAGAAGAAGUUUGGGGACUUAUUUUAAACAAAUUUAUACAUUGUUUAUUCGAUAUCAGGGCACGAAGUCAGUAGAGGCACUGAGACUUUUAGAUGUGGAAAACUGUGUGAUUUAUCAGUUAUUUUGGUAAGAAAAACUGCUCGUAAUCAAAUAAAGUAAACAUGUAACAAGUAAUAGAACAGAAGCUUAUAUCAAAAUACCUGCACCAUUAUCUGCAAAGAAAUACAUAUUUACUCAUCAUUUAACAGUUUUAUUGUUGCAUUAUGAUUAUUGUGACAUUUUAAAGGCUCUUCCACUGCAUGAAAUUUUGGGAAACAUUGAAUUCUUCUGGUUUUAGCAUGAAAAUGAUAAAUCAUUAAUGUUUUUCUGGGCCCUGAAUUAUUUGCUGUUAACAUAUUUUCAAAAUACUGAUUUGAUCAGCUUUCAAAGACUCCUAAAAGCUGCAGCUGGCUGCUGUUAGCAUGUCUUUACAGCACAGCGAAUGACAGCCAGCCAUUGAUUAUAAAUGAACAUAGACUUGUGAAGAAGAGUGGGAAGGUGCUUUUAUGUAAUUUCAUAUGAGAGCUAAUGGUUAAUUGAUUACAUUUUUCAUUUCACUUGUGUCACUAUAAUACAUGCUGAAAGUGCAUGUCAUCCCUUUUCAUCUUUCAUGCCUGCUUCUAUGAGAUUGGAUCUGUGUGCCCUCUGAAUGAUUUAUAUAACACGGCUAACUACAUUCAAGUUUGUGCUUCUGAAUAGGGAUUACAAGCAGAUCUGCAGACACUUUAAAGUCCUGUCUUAGAUCUGCUGUGCUUUUAUGUAAUCGUAAACGACUGACUUAUUUAUUUUGGUUUCCUUUGUAGAUUCUAUAUGUAACAUGUGUGUGAAUUUGAAAAUCAAUAAAAUCUUAUUGUAUUGAA